UGGUGGUUUCCUCUCAGCCCUCCCAUGAUGAAGAGCUCGCGCUCUCCUCCUCCGCCGGCAGCCGCGGGAGAGAGCAGUGGCAAGACGGCGGCGAAGAAGUGGGUCGGGUGGGAGGAGGAGGUCGUGCAGAGCGAGGUGCGCUAUUAUCUCCGCUGCGCACCGCCCCGCGACGGCGGCGGCGAGGUCGAGAGGGAUCUAGCGGUGGUCGGGAAGCUGUCGGACCUGGGGAACAUGGUGUACUGGGCGCACGACCAGUUCGUGUGGUCCAUCCAUGCGGCGGCGGCCCGGUCGCCGGGGCCGUCCAGGGCGCUGGCAGUGGCGGUGGAGGCCACGCAGCUGGGUUGUAAGUCCAGGAGGGAGGUCAUGGACUGGCUCACGUCGCUCGUCGCAGCUGAUUCUCCGUACAUAACCUCUGCCUCGGCAUCCAAGGAUGACCCUUCAGCAUCUGCUGAAAACAAUCCAGAAGGCUUUACAUGGUUAGGUCAUGUGCCACACUUGGAUAAAUGGCGGAAGCAUUACAGAUCCUUUUGCCGCUAUGGAAUGAGAAUUUCGGUUCAUGAUUUUAUUUACAUCCAACAAGGCGUAGAAGGGACAGAGAGCUAUGUUGCUUACGUGGAAGAUCUGUAUGAAGACGGCAGCGAAAACAAGAUGGUCGUGGCACGUUGGCUGGAGAAACCCGGCGAUGACCAAACUCUUGCAAUGCCCCCGGAUGUUCAUGACAGGGAGGUUUUCUUCUCCUAUGGGCUGCAGGAUGUCGGAGUGAAUUGGGUAGAGGGACUGGCUCCGGUCCUGAAUGACCAGCAUUUUGAGUGGUUCCAGAGAAACGAAGAAGAGCACAGCAAAUGGAAACCCUACCUAUGCCAGCGGCAGAUCGUGGGAAGCACUCUCGAGCCCUUUAACAUCGCAAAUCUUCAAGGGUAUGCAAACCAGGAGAUUGUUCAGGCACUCUUUAGGGCACCCUCUUCCAUGGUGCACUCCACGGAACCUAGCACAGAUAAAACUGAUGCGGGGCAGAAGAGGAAGCACGACGAAAUCAGUGAAGACCAGCUCGUCCAAAACCCAGCUGCCCCGGGUAAUGUCAAUGGUGAUCGGGGCGUCGAAACCCAUACUGCCCUUACUGUUAUCGACACCGUGCAGAAGCUCCCACCAUGCAAUGCAACAAAUGAUCAGAUUGUCGCAAAGGAUGCUCCAGAAAAUGUUGCUAUCAACAAUCAGACCGUGCAGAAGCUCCCACAGUGUCAUGCAGCCAAUGACCAGACCGUGCAGAAGCUCCCACAGUGUCAUGCAGCCAAUGACCAGAUCGUGCAGAAGCUCCCUCGACAAAAUGUUACCAGUAAACAGACCGGCAAAAACAAUGAUCAUGUCAAUGCACCAAAGACUGGGACUGUGGAGAACAAGCCUUCGCGCAAUGCAGCCCAUGCGCAGGCCAUGGUGAAGCUCCAUCCAUCAGGUGGGUCUGCUUCUGGUUCUGGCUUGCUUCAGAGUGUUGUGAAGCCCAAUGCAAAUGAACUUUUCGACAUCGGUUGCCGUAUUGAAGCCCUGUCCCAGGACAGCGGCAUCAGGGGCUGUUGGUUCAUAGGUGUGAUAGUAAAGAAGAAGCGCAAGGACGAUAUCAUUCAAAUCAAGGUCAAGUACCAAGAUAUCCUUCACGCCGAAGGGAGAGGACAUCUCAAGGAAUGGCUUAAACUGCAAAGAACUGCUCUACCUGACCGGCUGGGCAUACGCCUUACUGGGAGACCGAUGAUUCGGCCCUUUCCUUCAGAUUUGCCCAAUACCCCAUGUCCGGUGACCGCUGGGACAGUUGUCGACGUACGGAGGCCAGACGGAUGGUGGGAGGGGAUCGUGUUGGAGCCGAAAACUGUCGGCCGUGUAAGAGUAUAUUUCCCAGGACAGAGGAUAGUUAGGGAGAUCCUCGAGGGGGACCUGCGGCGCUCAUUUGAGUGGGUUGGUGAAAGAUGGCUCAGUUUUAUGCCAAGAAAAGAUGUCGCGGAUCGAUUGCCGCCUCCUGAUGUAAUGAAAAAUCAAGUUGGGCCAGAACUAGAUAUGCAGAAGGGGGCAAGCAUGCUAUCCAGCAUGGGUGCUGCAAGACAUGCUAAUCAAUCCGCGGGGAAGAUAAUCCUUAAGGGACUCAAGGGUGAGCGAUCUGCAAAACCAGUACCUCCAAUAGCAAUCCUGGAAUCAAUGCAGGUUGGUGGCAUAUCUUCAAAGCCAGCGGCGCAGAACACCAGCAGCCAGCAAUCUACUCACAAGGCUGAAGGCAUAUCGGCAGAAGUGGCGGCGCCUAGGGCAAGGCUGCAAUCAAGGGAGAAAGUUGAGUAUGUAGCUGCAAAGCCAGCUGCGCAGAAAACGAUCCUCCAUUGCUCCAUUGAGGAGAGUCAGGAGGGAGGUGGCAUUUCUGUUGCUGACGGUGCACUCCCUGAUGCCAAGCGUCCUAGAGUUGAUCUUACAAAUUUUUUGAAGUCUGAAAAUGUGCUGAAGUGGGCUGAACGUAAGGCUAGAGGAUCUGGUCCCCUAAUGGGGUAUUCUGACGGAAGCAGCCAGGCAAGCAACUCUGCCCUGAAUGGAGGUACUGAGCCGGUGAAUUCAGUGACUGUCAAAGAGGAAUGCAAGAACAAUGAACAGGCUCCUGCCAGCACAAAGCCACCAACGAUCGACCUGUCAGAUGGUGAAUGA